AUGAGUUCCUCGGCGCUCCCUGUCGCCCUGCAGAACAAGCUAAUGGGCUACGGCCGGGCCUCCAGCGCGCAUUUGUCCGCACUGAAUUUGGACCUGAUCCGCAACAUCGUAUUUAUACUGUUCAUCCUCCGAUACACGCGCAAGACCUUCUACUCGCUCCGGGGCUACGGCCUGUUCGGAAGCAUUCGCAAUGUCUACAUAGCCGCCCGUCUCUUCUGCUACUCCAUCUUCCUGCGUGCUCCCGGCGUGCGCGGCCAGGUCGAGAAGCAAGUCUCUACUGCGAUCGCAAGCCUCGAGAACAAGCUUGUCCAGAGCGGUCCCGAUGUGAAACGUUAUCUCACUCUGCCGACAGAAGGCUGGUCUUCGGACCAGAUCCGCGAGGAACUCAAUAGGCUCGCUCGGCUGGAGCAUACCCGAUGGGAGGAUGGCCGUGUCAGUGGUGCUGUCUAUCACGGUGGCGAGGAUUUGCUGAAGCUGCAGGCCGAGGCCUUCGGUCAGUUCGGCGUCGCGAACCCGAUCCACCCUGAUGUUUUCCCUGGUGUUCGGAAGAUGGAAGCUGAGGUGGUUGCUAUGGUUUUGGCUCUGUUCAAUGCUCCCACGGAGGGCGCUGGUGUCACUACCAGCGGCGGUACCGAGUCCAUUCUCAUGGCCUGUUUGGCCGCCCGGCAAAAAGCAUUUUUGGAGCGAGGAGUGACGGAGCCUGAGAUGAUUAUCCCGGAUACCGCCCACGCGGCAUUCAUCAAAGCUUGCAACUACUUCAAGAUCAAGCUGCACCGGGUGCCUUGCCCUGAGCCUGAGUUCAAGGUCGAUGUUAACGCUGUUCGUCGUCUGAUCAACCCCAAUACCGUCCUCCUCGUGGGCUCGGCACCAAAUUUCCCCCACGGUAUCGUCGACGAUAUUCCAGCCCUGUCGCGUCUUGCUACGAAGUAUAAGAUUCCACUCCACGUGGACUGCUGUUUGGGAUCUUUCGUCGUCGCUCUCCUUAAGAAAGCUGGCUUCCCUUCGCCGUACGAGGAGGAGGGUGGCUUCGAUUUCCGCCAACCCGGCGUCACCAGCAUCAGUGUGGACACUCACAAAUACGGUUUCGCGCCCAAGGGCAACUCGGUCUUGCUCUACCGCAACAAGGCCUACCGCAGCAACCAGUACUUCAUCUACCCCGACUGGUCCGGCGGUGUUUACGCCUCUCCCUCCGUGGCUGGCUCGCGCCCUGGUGCCCUGAUCGCCGGGUGCUGGGCUAGCCUGAUGAGCGUGGGCGAGACCGGAUACAUCAACAGCUGCACCGAGAUUGUUAAUGCUGCACGCAAGUUCGACUCUGCUGUCCGCGGACACCCUGUGAUCUCAUUGCACAUGGCAGUUGUGGGUAACCCAAUGGUCAGUGUCGUCGCAUUCCGCAGCAAGAAUGGCGCAAUUGAUAUCUACGACAUUGCCGAUGACCUCUCCGCCAAGGGCUGGCACCUUAAUGCCUUGCAGUCGCCUGCCGCCCUGCACUGCGCUUUCACUAUCCCCACCGCCAAAGCUGUCGACCAGCUUAUCAACGACGUGGUCGAGUGCAUCGAGAAAGAGCUGGAGAAGGCUGAGGAGCGCCGCCGACAAGGAAAGGCGUACAUUCUGCAGCGCGGCGACACCUCCGCUCUGUACGGUGUUGCCGGCAGCAUCCCUGACAAGAGCAUUGUCAGCCGUCUGGCCGAGGGCUUCCUUGAUACCCUGUACAAAGCCUAA